AUGCAGAGGCGAAAGGCAACCCCUGAGGAGCUGAAACAAGGCAUGGAGCAGAUGAUGGCUGCCCAGGAAAGGUUGUCUAAAGAAGCAACUGAGGAACCCAUAGAAGAUAUCCCUGGGUCUCACAGUGAUGUAGCUCAAGGGAAAGAACCUAGGCUAGAAGAUGCAAAAGAGUUUUUGGAUGUUGGUUCAGAAGGAAUUGAGACGUCAAGGGAUGCUGCACCAUCCCAGCAAGAAGGGCAGAAGGCAGAAAGGAGUUCCCCGAAGAGGUUAGAGGAUAGUCAGGGUUCGAAGCAGCCCCCAAAAACCCCAAAGCGGAUCUCAGUUUCUGCCCCUGCCGCGCAGAGCUCAGAGCCAGCAGCUAGCGUUGCUCAGAAGCCUGGAGCAGAAAGCGUCUCAGGCAAAGGAAAGGGAACGAAAAGAGAAGAAAAGACAGGACAGGACUUGGCAUGUGACACUCCUGUUAGACCGCCUGUGGAGUCUCAGAUGUACAUCGCAGGUUUUGAGUCAGGUCCUGAUAGAUCUCACAUGACCACACCUCUGUUUUCAGCACAGCAGCUUAGAGAAUGGGAAGAGCUGCAUAGCAGAGCACCAUGGCUUUACAGGCUCACUCCAGGCGUUCAGAGGCCUGUUUGGCUGGAAGAAGAGGAGCGAAGAUCCCGCCUGUUGCAGGAGGAAAGAGCUGAGGAAGAAGAAAGAGCGCGUCGGCUUCAGAGAGAGGCCGAAGUGAAUGAGAUGAGAAGGAGGCUUCAGUCUCUUGAAGAGGAGAACUUGCGUUUGAAGAUGGAACGCGAGAAUUUGCAGCAGAGCAUAGCUCAGCCGAAGGGUUCUAGCUAUGGCAACCCAGGAGAUAAAGAUGCUGAAGUUUUUCCCAAGGAGGCUGAGACCACCAAAGAGGAGGCCCAGACCCCAAGGGAGGAUCAGGAGCGUAAGCUGCAAGCAACAAUGAUGCACAGCAUGGUGAAGCUCAUGGAGGGCAUGCAGACUAUGCAAGCGCAGAUUUUGGACGUUCGGCGUCAGAAAGACGUUGAAGUUGUCAAGAAUGCGGCAGUGGAGUUGCCGAAGUUGCAAGAGUGGAAGGCUGAUACAGCCCCUUUGGAUUUGGCAGACUGGCUGUUGGUCGUAGAACCGGUCCUUUCUGACCUCUCCGACAAUAGUCAGCAGUGGUGGGAGGCUAUGUUGGCUUCUGUUCGUCAAUGGUAUGCAGAACACCAAGAAAAGACACCUUUAGAGCGAGUCAAUCACAAGCCACAGGUCCCUCUUCCACUUCAAGAUCCACGCUUCCAGAGGUUGGAAAAGCGUGCAACUGCUCUUUUGAUGUCGGCCAUUCCUCCUACGCAACAAGAGGAGGUGGUGGCUUCCAAAGAGGUGAACACCGUCGGGAUCUUGUCCCAGCUCAUGCUAUGCUAUCAACCUGGAGGGCUCUCAGAGAAAGGGGCCAUUCUCACGGCCUUAGAUUCUCCGGAGGAGGCACCAAGCUUGGCUAGAGCGGUGACUGGUCUUCGACGUUGGCUGCGAUGGCAUCGAAGGGCUGGAGAAGUUGGUGUUACCCGCCCAGAUGCGACUUUGCAAAUCAAAGGUCUUGGGCGUUUGAUGAAGCGAGUUUUGAAGGAUAACGCCGAUUUGGCGUUUAGAGUGCAAGUAUCGAGAAGCAGUUUGCAAGUGGAUACAGCUCCGACUGAAGCGUCUGUGAUGACGUUUGCCAACCAUCUACUUGCGGAAGUGGAACAAAUAGCACAUCAAGACAAGAGGAGAAAGGAAGAUGCGAAGAGCAGCGCGGAACCAAAGGUAAAAAGGCUGGAGGAGUUUGCUGGAGGUUCAAAAGGUGAAGGCAAGGCAUGGAGGGGAGAAGGCGCGCAGUCUUCAACUCCAUGCAAGUUCUUUCAGUCGGAGGAGGGCUGUAAGAAGGGCAAACAAUGCACUUGGAGCCAUGUCCUGGAAGGCGAGAAAGGUCAGAAGGGAGGAGAAGGCAAGGGUUUCCACAAGCCCAGUGGCAAGGCUUUGAAGAAGGGCGAGAGCCAACAGAAAGAAGAAGGGCCUGGAGGAGAGGCUACAAGUGAGGAGUCAGCAACAUCAGCAGAGACGAUGAAAGGUCUGUUGGAAGAAGCCAACAGGAUCUUGAAGGGCCUGUCGGCAAGGACAGGAGAAGCCGAAAGCAGGACAAAGGAUGAAAGACUGACUGCCAUGCAAGGCCAGUUGGAUGAACUCCGGAAGCUGAAGGUUUUGAGGCUGUCACGCAUAGGGAAGGAACAAGAAGCUUAUGGCCUGCUCGACAGUGGAGCAACCAACCCCAUGCGUGGCAAAAGAAGAGGAGAAGAUCUGUCACAACUGGAAGAGGUCCAGGUGACGCUGGCCGACGGCAGUCAGGUAGGGAUGAAGAUGACGGCAUCAGGAGUCAUGGUGGUGGAAGAUGAGUGGGCCGAACCCAUUGUCCCACUUUGCCUCCUGACUAGCAAGUUAGGAUAUGUGGCGUCGUGGAAGAAAGGGCGCAUGACUCUAAGCCACCCCAUUGAUGGAAAGGUGGAGGUCUGCAUGAGAAGUGGAUGUCCUCAGGUAUCCCGGCUUGAUGCCUUGAGGAUGAUUCAGAAGCUGGAAGAGGUGGAGACGCCAAGAAUGCAGGCCCUGAAGCUUAGCCAAGAAGAGAUGUGGCUGUGGGAGUUGAUGGAAGCCCAUCCGGUACUGAAGAGGUUGCCGGAAGCCAUCAAAAGAAGAUUGGUGGUGAAGCCAGCGGAGGAUCUCAGAGGUAUCCCUGAUGCAAACCGCCGAAGAAGAAGAGUGAUGGCGGAACAGGGGUUCGUGGUUCACCUCUAUGCCGGUGAGAGUGCCGGGUAUAGCCUCAGCCGAGCGUUCAAAGAAGCAGGAGGAGAUGGACGAAGGCUGGUGGAAAUAGAUGUAAAGAGGGAAAACCACGAGAAGCACAGGAAAGGAGCACACGAUAUGCUCGAUGAUGAGAAUGGACCUUUUGCGUCCCUAUUGAGGAGUGCCUUGGAUGGAUCGCUGCUGGGCAUUGUCAUGGGCCCAAAUUGUAGGUUGGGAUUGGAGCAGCCAGCAGAUCCAACCCACUACAUUCCCGAGGUGGUCACGCUCUGGAAGACUGAGGAAUGGGAACUGCUUCGACGUAUGUACGACCUUAAAGCCCAGAGCUUUAAGCAGUCAGCCUGGGGAGGUCGAGCAGUGAAGCCCACGACGUUCGCCGGCAACGUCACUCUGAGGCUGCCGGAGGAAGACCAAGCAGAGAGCUUUGAGGAGUCGGCAGCGAAAGCUCAGGUGAUGAACUCAGUGGAGCUGUCAAGAUGGCCGCCGGGAAUGAUGAAAGAAGUUGCCACGAGGAUCCAACAGGAUGUCCUUCAAGCGAAGCUGAAGGCGGCCAAGAUGUCAUGUGCAGAGCAUCUGGAAAGGGGGCACACACCGUUUCGACGUGACUGUAGAGUGUGUCAAGAAGCAUCAGCCAGAGGUCGGAUGCAUUCUAAGGUGAAGCAUCCCAGAGCAGGUGUGAUGAGCCUUGAUGUCACCGGUCCCUACAAGAAAGGGAAGGACAUCGAUGGUGAAGCCAAGUUCAUGUUGAUUGGCACCUACACCUGGCUCAGACCCCCCGAUGAGGAAGAGGCAACAGAAGUUGAUGAAGAACUAGAGCUCGAAGCCCAAGAAGAUGAGGAUCAGUGGCCAGAGAUUGAAGAUCAAGAAGCCGCACAAGAAGAAGAAGAAGAAGAAGAAGAAGAAGAAGAGCAGGCAGAUGCAGCAGAAGACCCCCAGGAAGAGCAACAAGCAGAACCCCCACGAGCAUUUGAGGAGCCCCCCGAACCCCCAAAGAUUGAGGUGAUGAGAAUCGGCAUUCCCAUCAAAGGGAAAGCACAAGAAGCAGUCUUGAGUGGCUUCAUUGAGUUGUACCUUCAGUUGAAGGAACCACCGCCGCCCAAAGAUGAAAUGUGGCUGGCGAUCGCAGAGGAGGUGGAAAGGGACGAAAUCCAGGAGAGGAGAAGGAUCAGAGAGAAGAGGCCAAUCAGGGAUGGAGGACUGGAAGGCCUUUUGGGGAUCAGAAGAAUGAUCCAAGAAGAAGCACAGAGUGUGGAGAUGGACCAGCUGGAUAACGCACUGCUCACCUUUCAGAAGAUGGACCCUUGGAAGAAGGUGAUGAAAAGGGCGGAAGGAGCAGAGCAGGAGAUUCUACAGACAAAGAUAGUCUCUCCGCAAGAGCUGGUGAAGGAUGUCCACCUCUGGGAUGAAGCCAUUAAGGCCGAGCUAGAUGCUCUCCUUAAUGCCAAGGAAGCUUUGAGGAAAAUCACGUCAGAAGAAAAGGCCAGGCUAGAGGAGAGGCAUCCCGACCUGCUCGUGGUGCCCUCGAAGUUGGUCAUCACGAGAAAGGCAGGUGGUCGCCGAAAGGUGCGGAUUGUGGCUUGCGGAAACUAUGUCGAGAAGACUGAGAAGGAAGAUGUCUUUGCUAGUGGAUCAGAUUCCAUUAGCUUCCGCAUAGCACUGAAGAAGAGCUUGGAUGAGGGAUGGACAGGAGCCACAGCCGAUAUCAGAACGGCGUUUUUGAAUGCACCUCUCGGUAGGUCGGCAGAAGCUUUGGAGGGCCUAUGGAAGAAAGAAGAGCUCGAGGAGCUAGGCCAAGAAGUAGUGGUAGUUCUGGUCAAGCCACCAGCCCUGCUGAUCAAGCUCGGCUACAUCAGCCCCGAAGACUGGUGGGUCGCAGUCAAGGCGGUCUACGGGCUGAGACAGAGCCCCAAGGCUUGGGGUGACCACAGAGCCCUGGUUCAAUCCACCACGGACCCAAACGUCUGGAAGAUCGUGAAGAGGUCCGGUGGGCUGGAUGAGGAGAUGGAAGGGCUAUGUGUGGUGUAUGUUGAUGACCUGAUGGUCUUAUCCCAAGAGCACAUCGUCAAGGAGUGCCUUGAGAGGAUAUCCCGAGAGUGGGAAAUAAGCACCCCGGAAUGGCUAAACGAGGUCAAGCCAGUCAAAUUCCUGGGGAUGGAGGUCUUGAUGGGCACAAAGAGUGCUUUCAUCACACAAGAGAGCUACGUACAGGACCUCCUCAGACGAAAUGGCGAAGAGGAAGGCCAUAAGUCUGGAAUUCCGAUCUCAAAGGAUCAGGUGUUGAGGCUGGAAGAAGAAGACCACACGAAAAGCCCAGAAGACGUCAAGGCUGCACAGCGUGCCACUGGCGAGCUGAUGUGGCUUGUCACACGCAGCCGUCCAGAUUUGAUGUUUGCACUGAGUAAGAUGUCCCGAGCCACACUGAAGAACCCCAAAGAAGUCCUCAUGGUCGCCAAGCAGGUGUGGAAAUACUUGAGGAAGACCAAGGCAGAAGGUCUGGAGCUGAAGGCUGGCGGUAAGGACCUUGAGGUUUAUACAGAUUCCUCCUACGGAUCAGGUGGUCUCGACUCCCAAGGAACUGUAUUGGUGUUAUGGGGAAAAAGCCCCAUCAUGUGGAAAUCGGGCCGACAAGGAGCGCCUGCCCUCUCAACAGCUGAGAGUGAGCUGACAGAGGGAAUUGAUGGAAUGAUCAUGGGGGAUAGUGUGGAUGUUCUCAUUCUGGAGCUCAGCCAGGAUACAUAUGCCAAGGUGAUCAAGAUAGACAACACAGCAGCAGUGAGCUUGAUGACAGAAGCUGCUGGAAGUUGGCGCACACGCCAUCUGAGAUUGAGGGCGUCCCAUCUGCGGUGGAGGAUUGGACGAUUGGAUUGGGUGGUGGAGGCGAUCUCAGGACAGGUGCAGAUUGCAGACAUUGGGACAAAGGCCCUCACAGCUCCGAGGUUAGAGGAGUUGAAGCAGAUGAUGGGCAUGAAGCAGAGAAGAGAUGAUCAAGAGGAGGAGAAGCAGGAGCAGAAGGAUUCAGGAUCGAGACAGCACAUGAAGAAAGGAGUAGAGGAGACAGGGCUUCAGGAGGCAGGAGCAGAGGUUGAGAGGAUUUUGAGGAUGGUCAUCCUCCUCUGCAGCGUCCAACAGGCCAAAGCCCAAGAACAAGAGGAGGAGGAGGGUUGGAGCUCUCUAGCUCAACUUGUAGCUCUGACGGUCUUCGCCAUGAUCGGCGUCACGACAUGCAUAAGCUGGAUGGUGAGGUUGAUGACCCCAGCGAAGAGGAGCUUGGAGGAGGAAGAACUGACGAAGAGAGUCAAAGAAGCACUCUCGACAGACUCAAGCCAGAGGGGCGCGAGUCCGACACAGGAGUCAAGCCAUAGAAGGACGGCUCCGACGAGGAAGGAGCAGGGCCAUGAGGAGGAAGGAGGAAGACAGCAGCAGACGGCAGCCAGCUCAACAUCUGGAGCUCACGCACCAGAGGAGCCAGCAUCUAGUUCUCAAGCAGUCCCCCCACCCCAGAUCUCCGUGAAGGCUCCGCCACCAAUUCCCAAACAAGCUCCGCUACCAGCACCAGCCAGCACCCAACACCAGAGAACAGUGCCAACGAUGAGCGGGAACACAUGGACCCCGGGAGAAGAAAGAGGCCAGAGGGCGGUGAGAGGAAGUAUCCGAUCACCCAUUUUUGUGACUCCAUGGGGUGCCCGCUAUCAUGAAUACACAAGUUGUCCUACUUUGGCCAACACGAAGAGAUUUGUGCCGUGUCAGUGGUGCGAUGUUUGCGCCCCACUCGGAAAGACUGGAGACCAACCGGUGUACACGUGUGGACCGGGUUCAAAGGCGCACUACGAUUCCGACUGCGUUGCGAUGACUGAAUCUGGAAGAAAGUAUCAGAAAUGUCAGCGCUGCGUGAAUGCGACUUAG